GGAGGCCGGACGGACCAUGGCGGCUCCAGGGUGGUCGGAGCGGGCGCGGGAGCUGCUCCAAAGGAUGAAUUCUUUCCACGGAGCCGCCUUGUGGAGUCUGGAAGAGAAAUGAGAGGUCCCACAAAAAAAUCACAUCUAAUUUGACUGUGGACAUGAAGUCUGGGCAACUGUGGGGACUGAUUUGAGUUGAUCUUCUUAUAGGCUCUCCCAAGGGUCUGUGCCUACCUUUUAUGGUGGCUGGGCAACAAGUGGGCCACAUGCCACAGUCCGUGGCCCAGCGCCUCUGUCAGUAUCCUGCUGUUUUCUCAGUGGCUCAGGGGGACAAGGCUGCUGCGUGCGUGGAGCUGAACAAACAACUGGCCUCCUUCGAAGAACGAACAGCCGCCGUUCAAGGGGUUCUCAAGGAACUGAAGGAGCAACAAGCUUUCCCCUGCCUGAAAGAGUGGAGGGAAGAGCUGUACAACGUGAUGCCUUAUUUUUGUGACGCGCCUCUCUUCAGCAUGGAGCGCGCGGCCACUCCAUUGUUAGGAGUGAAGCGCUAUGGUGCCCACCUGAAUGGCUACACUUGGCGAAAUGGGCAGAUGUUCAUGUGGUUGGGUCGACGGGCCCUGAACAAACCUAGUUACCCUGGCCUGUUGGACAACCUGGCUGCUGGUGGCAUUGCAUCAGGGCUGGGGGUCAGAGAGACACUGGUGAAGGAAUGCCAAGAAGAAGCUUGUAUACCGGCCUCCCUUGCGGCACAAGCCAAGCCCGUGGGGACUGUCAGUUACACCUACGUGGGUGCCCACGGGGGCAUCUAUCCUGAAUGCCAAUUUGUAUUUGACCUUGAGCUGCCUGAAGACUUUGUGCCACAGGUGGGGGAUGGAGAGGUGCAAGAGUUCUACCUGUAUCCACUUCAUAAGGUGAAAGAGGUCAUUGGAUCUUCAGAUUUCAAACCGAACUGUGCAAUGGUGGCUCUGGAUUUCCUUAUCAGGCACGGUUACAUCCAACCCGAUGACGAACCUCAAUAUGCAGAAAUGGUAGAAGGACUGCAUCGUACACUCUAGAAUUCCAGGACUGGCUGCCCGUCGUGUGAACACAGCAGUCUUCCAGCCACCAACCAAGACGAGCCUCAAAGCUGGCAGCGCAGAUUCCAGAAGGACAGGGAUUACGACAAGAGUCCAUUUUGUUUCAACAACUGUCUUUCCUAUUUCGCACCAGGACCAGCUGCGCGAGAGAUUACUCUGCCACGCCUAAUCAGUAUAUUUCUAACGUCUUUGU